UGGUCAUAAGAUCUCACCACAGGACAUGAUAAUGGUACGUCUAUAUUGAAUAUUAUGGUACGUCAGGCAUUCGGAAGAAAACCGUAAUCGGCCGAGGUGUUCCGAGUGUAACAGAUAUACCUGUUACAGGACUGAGUAGUGUCUGAUACAUGAUGGAACAAAGAGAGUUCCCCAACCCAUACUCCGAGUACAGUGGAGAGAAACUCCUUGGAACAGAUGGAAAGUUGUCGCCAGACAUUGCGCGAAACAUUUCGUCAAGCAUCGAAGAUCUGUUAAAACGCCUUCACGCUGGACUAGUCGAGGCUGACCCAGAUGACUACUCAGUUUACACCGGAUCAGCAGGAAUCUCUCUCUUGUAUCUCCACCUCUACAAGACUCUCGGCAGAUCCCAGGAUUCCUCGUUCCUUCAAACCGCUCUUGACCACAUCAAACGGCCUCUUCGACACCUGAAGAACAGAAAGAUGUCUUUCCUGUGUGGUGAUGCGGGGCCGUUAGCUCUGGGAGCGGUCAUCUACAGCAGACUUGGCAAGAACAAGGAAAGCAAGGAUUGCCUGAGUCGUUUAGAGGGACUGCAGCACAAACUUGAAGACGAUUCGCUGCCUGAUGAGUUGUUGUUUGGCCGAGUGGGUUAUCUCUUCUCUCUGUUGUUUGUCCAGAAACAGCUUGGUCCUGAUGCUAUGGACUCCACUCACAUCACAAAGGUUGUGAAGUUGGUUCUGAGGUCAGGACGGACGAUGAGCGAAAGGGACGGGUGGAGCCACCCGCUGAUGUUCGCGUGGCAUGACAAACACUACCUGGGGGCCGCCCACGGCUUGGCGGGAAUCUUCUACACGCUCAUGCAGGUCCACAGUUCAUCGCUUCAGCCUGACAUUGAUAAGCUGGUUAAACCAAGCAUUGACUACAUGUUGACGCUGCGUUUCCCAUCCGGCAACUGUCCGUCGUCUAUCGGGAGUAACACGGACAAACUCGUACACUGGUGUCAUGGCGCUCCAGGGUGGAUACACAUGUUUGUGCUCGCCUACAAGACCUACAAGGAUGAGAAGUACUUGAAAGCAGCUAAAGAUUGUGCCCAGGUCAUCUGGCAGCGCGGUCUGUUGAAGAAGGGCUACGGGAUUUGUCAUGGGCUGGCCGGCAACGCGUACGCCUUCCUCACCAUGUAUAAACUGACUGGUGACAUGGCUUACCUGUACAAGGCAUACAAAUUUGCUGAAUGGUGUUUUGACUAUGGGAAGCAUGGAUGUAGAACCCCUGAUCGGCCAUUUUCACUGUUUGAAGGAAUGGCUGGGACUAUUUAUUUCCUCGCAGACUUGUUGGAUCCACAACAUGCUCAGUUUCCAGCAUUUGAGCUCUGAUUCAUGUGGCUGUUGCCAGUUUUCCUAUUGAUACACAAUUUUAUCAUUGGUUAUCAGAUCGACAUCACCAAAUGCAGUGGAAUUCAUUGAACAUGUUAAAUUGAAUCGCUGCACGAGGCCAAAAUUUGACAAAAAUUUAUUGGAUGAAAGUUAAAAAAUGUGUUAAUCUUUGUUUUGUUUAAUGACACCACUGGAGCAUAUUGAUUUAUUAAUCAUCAGCUAUUGCAUGUGAAACAUGUGGUAAUUUUGACAUAUAGUCUUAGAGAGGACACCGUCUACAUGUUUUCAUUAGUAGCAAGGUAUCUUAUAUAUACCAUCCCAUAGAGAGGAUAGCACAUACCAUGGCCAUUGAUAUACCAGCCAUGGAGCACUGGCUGGAAUGAAAAAUAGUGCGUAAUGGGUGCUAUGCCUUUGUUCUAGACUGGUGACCGGAGUUUAUAAGAGGGGGUCAAAUCUUGCUCACCUGGAUAAUAUAUUAAGAAAAAAUAAAAUGUGCCUGGGCAGGGAGGUAUUUCGAUCCCUGAAACCCUCACCCUGUACAAGUGCCUGCCAAGGAUCCUGAUGCUUUAACCAUUGUUCUGUUAUUGGCAUCAAAAAGCUGUUUUCAUGAGCAUAUGAAUCAAUAUGUGUAGGACUGUUCCAUAAAAAUAUUUGUAUCACCAUCAACAAAAUACAAUUUGAUUUUAAAAGCUAAGUAUGAAUGAAGAAAACAUUUGUAGCAGACCCACAAGAUGUAAAGAACAAUUACAUGGGACUUGGCAAAUUGAAUAACUGCAAGAGGCAGAAAUUUGACAAAUAUUUACUGGAUGAAGACGUUAACGUGUGUUUUAAUUACCAGUAAAGCCGUUCACGACAUUUACAUAUUCUUCACUUUAGACGCCCACCUCUUACUGGCAAAACCACAUGGUAUAAGUAUUCUCCAGCAUUUUUGGAACUCUUUAAUAGUGAGACAUUUUAGUGAGAUAUCAAAACUUCUGUUUUCAGUUUUAAUACACUAUCAUGUAAGCAGUGUAAUAAAUGCAUUGUAUUUGACAACUUUGUUUCAGUGUUAAUAAAUUUAUCUUACCAGAA